CCAUCGUCUCCCUCGCUCGCAGCCCUCCAAGCACUUCUCCGCUCUCUUCUCCGCAUAACCACAACCGACCAUCGCAUCUUCCUCGGCACCUUCGUAGGCACCGACAAAGACCUCAACAUCCUCCUCGUCAACACCGACGAGUUCCGCAUCUCCUCCACAACCAAACCUGAUCCUGCUGAUGGUCGCUAUGUCGGUCAAGUGAUGAUACCUUGGAAGAUGAUCAAACGCAUCGAGGCGGAG